AUGCCAUCGGACCCCCUUGAGGGCUUAAUCUCUGAUGUUGACGAGCUGCACCUCGAGCCUCCUCCGACAUACAAUGCGGCGCUGUCGCAUCCAGCUGUCCCCCCAAACGCGGUGUCCCCAGCUGCGGUCUCCCCGCGGACCACAUCUCACCCGUUGCCUCGCGAACCACCUUCCCCGCCCGUUGCGGCAUCGCAACACUCGGCCUCGCCAACGUCGCCAGACGCAGCGACGUUGAUGUCUACUCUUAUCCCAGGUAUGGGAACCUUUGCGGGCAUCUCGACACUGUUCAAUACCCAGCCUGAGCCGCCGAAACCAUUCGAACUAGUCAUUGACCGGCCUGUUCCAAUACCCACUGUGCGAAUGGAUGACCCCGCCGACAUUGUCUUUCGAUGUCCUGGGCCUGACAACGUGCGCCCCUACGCACUUACGUGGUACCAUAUCCGCGGGGGGCACGAUACAUUCCUCAUGUGCUCCAAAUGCCACCAAGAUUUUGUGGCGGACACGCCGUAUGCGAAGGAGUUUGUUGAGCUGAAGGAGCACCGCAACGGCAUGUGCUCAUACGCGGCCCCAAUAGCGGCGUACAAGCUGCUGCCCGAGGCCAAGCGAACUCGUGAUGGGACGGCACUCCUGGCCUGGGUUAAGGAACGUGAAACGAAGCGUCACUGCAUCCCCGGCAGUACGCUCACGCCCGCCGACAACAUCGAAUGGUUCGCCCCGAAAGGCAACGCUACCAACGACUUUGUCGUGUGCGCCGAGUGCAUGGAUGACGUCGUCUCCGUGACGCCAUUCGCUGACAAGUUUGAAGCGCAUGACAUGCCCGCAGACGCGAGCUGGCACUGUGACGGCGCACUUGAGACCAUGCGAAACAACUUGCUUCGCGCGGGCAGCAUUGGACCUGCCGCUUGGGAGGCUUUCUGCACCAACAUCAAUCGCAUGCAAAUGCUCCCAGUCUGCGACGGCAAGGAUGUUGAAAGCACUUCCCGCAAAUGGUACACCACGUCAAGACCAAUCCAUGGCUUUGUAUGCUGCGAGCGCUGCUAUCUUGAGUUUAUCAAGGCGUCGCCGUACGCGUCUGAGUUUGUGCCAUACGAUCAACCCCCGGCGCCGGGCGUGUUGUGGGGCUGCGACUUCUCCAGCCCGCGAAUGCGCUACGCAUUCGAGGUGGCAGUGGACCAUGGCAGCUUCGACAUCUGGUGGACGGCAAUGGACACGGUUGUGCACAAGAUGCUUGACCGAGACGCGCGUCCAGGUCUCGACAUGGAUAUGUGGGGGCUGGCAAACGUGCCAACAUUUGCGUCAUGGGGCGAAGGUUGUAACUCGGACUUCAGUCUAUGUGGCGAGUGCUACCCGGCAUUCGUGACGCCGUUGCGUCUGGAGAAGUUCUUUCGCCCGCGUGCCCGGGGAACAGGCCACAAGUGCUCCUUCUGCGACCAGCCGUCGGUAGCCAUCCGCUUCCCGGUAUACCUCACCAAGAUGGCGCAGGCGCUCGACUGGGGCCUUUGGACGCCUUUCUACGAGACGGCCUUCUGGCUGGGCUUCGCACCGCCUUGUCCGCGUCGCGAGCUCGUAGACCCCGUCGGGCGGCGCUGGUGGGGCUGGCGGCCAAACUUGCAGAUCUGCGAGGAGUGCUACUGGACGUUUGCGCGCGACACGUGGGCCGAGCCACACUUUGACUACAAGGGCGUGGUGACGGGCGACAGCAAGAACAUCUGCACACUGUACUCGCCACUUAUGCGCGCACAGUAUCUCGAUGCGUGCAAGCGCAAAGAUGCUGCGGAGCUGCUUGCAUUCGCUGAGAAACGAGGGCAUGCUUACGUCAACUUUUAUCUGCCGAUGAAGGCAUUGCUGCUGCAGAUCGGUGGCGGCGGAUACGGUACGGGCACGGCGCCGAUGGGUCCAGCGGGGACGAUGGGCACGUUGAGCGCAAUUUCGAGCCCCGUCAAUGGGUACUCCUACAACCCGUGGGGUACGCAAGGCGCGACUGGGUACCCCAGCGUCGCGGCGCAGAUUCUCCACCUCGAGCAAGAGUGGGAGAAGUUCGAGUAG